CUCAACGUCACGUUGGUUCGCGCUACCCACGGACAGGCAGAUUCAAGAAAUGAGAUACGACGAAGAGGUGGUACGAACGGUUUCUGAAAACGGACAGAAAUUUCAAGGAAAGGAUCGCCUUCAGGACCACAGCGCGGCAACAUGCUGCCGCCCCGUUGAACAAUCGUCUUUUUAAUCAAGCAAUAACACCAAGUAAAAAUGUUACCCACGAAUUCAAGCAAAAAAAAAUUGUGCAUCCGCAAGUUGAAAUCUCAAAUUGUUGUCGUUGCCAAAUAAGUCGUGCACAACGCAAUCCUGUGGUCCCGGAAUAUGGCUUCGUCCACGAAGAGAUCAUGGAAACUCCAGGAUUUUGUUGCCCACUCGUCCAAUGUCAAUUGUCUAGCACUAGGCCACAAGUCUGGACGUGUUUUGGUCACUGGUGGUGAUGACAAGAAGGUGAAUCUAUGGGCUGUUGGAAAGCAGAAUUGUAUUAUGAGCCUGAGUGGUCAUACCACACCGAUAGAAUGCGUAAGAUUUGGACAAACAGAAGACUUAGUAUGUGCUGGCUCACAGACAGGAGCAUUAAAAAUUUGGGACUUGGAACAUGCCAAAUUAGCUCGUACAUUGACAGGACAUAAAGCAGGUAUACGAUGCAUGGAUUUUCAUCCCUAUGGAGAAUUGUUGGCAUCAGGAAGUUUGGACACCGCUAUUAAGCUUUGGGACAUUAGGAGGAAAGGAUGUAUAUUCACAUAUAAGGGACAUAAUAGAAUGGUGAACAGUUUGAAAUUUAGUCCUGAUGGUCAAUGGAUUGCUAGUGCAGGAGAGGAAGGAAUGGUUAAGUUAUGGGAUUUAAGAGCUGGCAGACAACUUAGGGAAUUCUCAGAACACAGAGGACCAGCAACAACAGUAGAAUUUCAUCCACACGAAUUCUUAUUAGCUAGUGGUAGCGCAGACAGAACAGCUCAUUUCUGGGAUUUAGAGUCCUUUCAGCUUGUAUCUUCUACAGAACAAAGCCACUCCUCGGCAAUUAGGUGUCUCUAUUUCAGUCAAGGUGGAGAAUGUCUUUUUGCUGGUUGCCAUGAUGUGCUAAAGGUUUAUGGCUGGGAACCAGGUAGAACGUUAGAUUCUGUCCCAACUGGUUGGGGAAAAGUACAAGAUAUAGCUAUAGCUCAGAACCAGCUGAUUGGUGCAAGUUUUCACACUGCAAAUAUUGUUUUGUACGUAUGCGAUUUGAAAAAAAUUGCUCCGCUGGGAGGAGUUUCAACAUCCGGUUCCCCAUUUAGUCACGGGAAUUCGUUAAGGAAAAGCUUCUCUAGAGAAAGACCACCGGGUUUAAAAAAACAUACAGUAGAUGUACGAACUAUUGAAGAGGCAGACAAAUCUGGAACUGACCCAGAGGAUGAAGCAACUUAUGCUGAUAUACCCAGUGUCACCGAAUACGAUGAAGUCUUUCAACCAAAUAGAGCGCUGUCUCGCACUCCACCCCCAGAACCUGAGGCUUUCCAGGAGCCUCAAGAAUUAGAUCCCACACAACCACAGAUAUUGCAAAAUCUUUCUACCUCAAUGUCAAACAUAAAUAUGAUGGAUUCAGAGGAAGUUCCGCCCAUAGUAUCGCCGUCGUCUCCGCCUCCACCUGCACCAACGUUAUCGUUAACGAAACCCGUACCAGUACGUGUUCAACCAAUAAAGUCAUCGCCACCUGUUCAGAGGAAUGCCAUCACCUCCACGAGUCAGAUAAAGGCGAAUCUUCAAACGAACAACGGUCUUGCCAGAACGUCGAAGAAUCUGGCGUCCAUACCUCCUCUUAGACAAAGCAUCACGCCUUUCCCCGGGAAAAAAUCUGGUCCUACCAGUGACAUGGGAACACUUCCACAACCUUUGGGUCCACAAAGAUCAAAUUCUACGCUGACACCGCGCGUGGCACCAAUGGCCGCUGUUCUUCCAGUAAUGGACGAUGGGAAAAUAAAGAAUAGAGCACCUAGCCCGGAUUCUCCUAAGCACUACUUGAAAAGACAAAGUAGUUGCAGAGAUGGGGAACAGGGUUACGAAAGCGAUUAUCCGGUACAAAUUAAUAAUAUAAGGCAUAGUCCCUCUGACCCUGCGUUGAACAGGCCAAAUUCCGCGCAGUCCAGGUCUACGUCUCUCAACAGAAACUUUCCUACCUCAGCGUCGCGCAACGCUACCACAGCUACCACCUUUGCCACAAAGAAAUCAAACAAAGCUCAAGUGCCCCCGAAUCCUAAGGUAGAAAUUCGUACUCCUCAACUGAGGCCAAACAUCGAGACCACGGAGAAGGAAGAGUUUAUCCCUAUAAACACUGAUAAACCUUUCGGUUUAGAUGUAGAAGCUUUCCUACCGAAUCAUUUUGCGAGUUCGGCGGGCCUGGGAUACACUCCGAUGGGAGUUCUGAACGAAAUGUCGGAGGCUGAGGUACUCAACAGCAUGAUGAGAGGUCACGAGCCGAUGAUGACGAUACUCACGAAUCGCCAUCGCUCCUUACAGAUCAUCUACUCUCUCUGGCACAAUAAAGAUCUUAAGGCCGCGGUUCAAUCAGCUGUAGCGAUGAACGAUCUCGCAGUCGUCGUGGAUCUGUUGGGAAUAUUGACCUUAAAACCAACAAUGUGGAACCUGGAUCUAUGUAACGCGUUGCUCGGUCCGAUCGGGGACCUGCUUCAGAGUAAAUACGAGAUGUACAUAACGGUGGGCUCCUCGGCGUUGAGGCUCAUCCUGAGAAAUUUCGCAUCGGUCAUCAAGUCCAACGUGGAGGCGCCUCUUCACACCAUCGGCGUCGAUGUGUCAAGAGAGGAACGCUACCACAAGUGUCUCUCCUGCUACGAGAAGCUGUGCACAAUCAGGAGCAUCCUGCUGAAGAAGCAAUCAACCACGGGCAAAUUAGGAGCCUCGUUCCGAGAGCUGGCCGUCCUCAUACGAAGCCUCGAGUGACCACGGCUGAAGCGUUUGGAGAAUUCGACCACCAGGCUGGUCGUUACCUGACAAAAAUUCGAGCGCAAUGGAAGUGGAUGGCCGUCGACCAUGAAGGAACGUGCUUUCGAACUGCUUCAUCCCGUUGGACGCCAUAGUGGACGUCGAGGAUGGCUCCUCCUUCCUUCUUCCCUCGUCUCGUUUCGUCCGCUGCUCUACAAUCGUCGGCAUAAAAAGCGUGGAACGAAAGUCGCCUGAUGAACGGCCGUGGAGAGAUUUUAGGAGUGUAACAACUAGUUGAUUAAAUCCAGGGUCGUUCGGCCAUCGUGUGGUUUUAAUUGUACAUAUAUACAUAUACGUAACGCCUUCAUUGUUGAAGCGCUUGUACUCCUAAACGAACGACGGUAUUUCAUGGACUCAGACCUUGAGAGCUGUUCCCGAAGGAACAAGAGAAAAGUUUCGUCAAUCGAGGCACAGUAAAUAUUGUAAAGUAUCGUACAUUAUAUAAUAUAUUGCGUUAUAUUAUAUAUACACUUAGAUGUGCACUGUUGCUCAAAAGUCUUGGAUGUAACAAACUUAAUUUUUAAAUUACGAAUGCUUGUGAUAAGGAGUAAUAUUUGAGGAACAAAAUUAGAUUUAAAGGAAGCGUUUUUCGACAAAAACAAUUUUCAUAACAUGAAAAUUUGCACGUCUACGAGUACCAAGAUGUUUGAGUGGUAGCGUACGCCAGAUGUACUCUAACAAAGUUCACGACGAAAUUUUUCUUCAAAAAUGCAGUUUCUCGCGUUCGCGGGAAAGAUAUAAAACCGAUGUUUUUCGACGGCCUUCUUGCCAAUCCCGCGUAAUCAUAACACGGCGAUGACGAAGCGUGUUAAUUAAGAAGUAUUAGAUAGUAAUACAUUUUUGCUAGACUUAUUACGGAAAGAUGAGAAAUAACAAAUUGUAUUUUUGCAACAGCCAUUUGCGUCCGUUCAUUAAUAAAAACGAAAAAGAAAGGAAAAAACGAAAAAAAAAAAGAGGUACUAAUCGCGUAGCUAUGUUUUGCCCUUGAUAUUGCACGAAGCGUUUCGUGAGCCGAGAGAAGACUGGUUUUUGGAUCAUUGGAAGUUUUGCUUUGCAGUCUAAUUUCUUGAUCAUGUAAGAAGAAUAUAUAGCUCAAUCUAAAACAUUAAUGGGUAGAGUGUGCGCAUCUGUUAAUUUUAAGCAUUUGUCGCUUUUAUAUCUCCAUUCGUGACAAUAUUACAAGAGUCCCCAUUAUUGUUCUAGAUUGUUAAAUAACUUGUAAACCUCUUUUUUGUAACCUUUUCGGUACAUCGUGUUCCAGUGACAAUUUUUCGGGAUCAGAAGAUAGGCUGCCGACACGUUCUCUUCGAAUUUGCGUUUAAGCGGAGUGGGUGCAUUUAAUCGGCGGUUGUUUUUAAUCGUUCGACAAUAUCGAGUAUUUUUCGAAACAGUAUUUUUUUAAAAUUAACGACGGAAUUAUUGACACGACUGAAAAUUCUAAUUCCUCAACAGAUUGAAAUUUUUAAACUGUAUGAUCCUUGUAACAUGCUGCAGAUUUUAUGGAUUUUAUCAAGUCUGUUUUUAUAUCAAGUAAAUCACCUUUACAGCCAAAUCAGAGAAUAUUUUUUGUAGCUCCAAGAAUCCUGACACUUCGAAGGAAAAGAAGAUGUGAAGAGAAAUUCGAUCCCGCCGAAUUCUCGAUGGAACAGAACUUUGUUCUAAUCAAUUUUUAUUUUUAUUUUGAUAAACAUUUCAUCGUGAAAGACUAACGGACAUGGCCUGAAGAUUAUAUUUUCGAAAAAAGUCGUCGUCGAUAGCGCCGGUAGUGAACGCGUUCCGAAAGGAAAAAUACAGGCAAAAAUACAUAAGAGCACGAGGAGACUCGUCGGUUCCGUCCAACUUAUUUUUAUAAGGGAGAGAAAGUGCGAGAGAGCCGAGAGUGAGUGUGAACAUACGGUGUCUCAAAAAGUACACCACAAAAGUUGUAGAUUCUUCAUAAAAAAAACGAGUCGACUUUCGGAUACUUUGAGUGUCCAAAAUUUUCGAUACAUUUUUUCCGUAAAGAAUCUCCUUUCGUGUACGUCCAUUUUGAAAUAUCCUGUACAAUAUUCCUUAUCGUCCACUUUUGGAUGCGACACGUUAGCUGCGGGAUUUUUAUACGCCGUUUUUCAAAUCUUCUUUUUACAUAUCAUUGCGAAUUUAUGAAAGUGGUUAAAUUUUUUACUGUGCAAGUUUGCAGGAAUCAUGAAAAGGUUAAUGUAUAAUAAUUGGGAGGUUGAUUUACUCUUUCGCAAAAUACGAUUACAAUUGUAAUUGUGACAAGAAUACGGUGUAUACGGAGGUAUGUCUAAAUAAUGGAAGAUAUCGUGAUAAUUUGCAGCUAAGGUGUUGAACCUUAAAAUCGACAACGAUCCAGUUUCCCGCGAUCGAUCUGUACAUACUUACGCCUUCAUUGUCUAAGCCUUUGCACUCUUAACGAACAAAUAUUACGAGCUGUCUGCGCUCAAUUAAUUGUAACACGUAGCGCUUACCGUAGAGAUAUCUUUAAUAUAACUGCGACUUUCGUGGAUCUGCUAAUUUAUUUUCUGUUAAGCUACCGUUGAAAACACAAACGAUCCACGGAUGGUUUUCGUUUUUGAUCGUGCCAGUUUAUCUCAUAGAUUUUUUUAACCCCUCAGCGUCGGAUUCGCAAUAUAAUGUUUAUAUCUUCCAUAUUGGCAAAUCUUCUGGCGCAGGGGUGACACAAUUUUCGACUAACGAUAGAAUACACAAUUAACGAAGAUUAUUAUACGCCUAUUAACCGUCAGCUAGAACGUUCUAGUUUUGUACGUUAAUGUAAAUAAGGAUAAGAAUAUUUUCUAUAUAAUAAUCGUACUAUUUCUCGUACUAUUUGCGAUCGCACCAGUGCAAAGGCCUGAGAACGAGCCAGGGACGAAUUUCGUUUAUUUUUUAUCGUGGAGUAUUUCGAUUUUUAUUCCGACUGAUCAUAUUUUUAACGAUGUCACUCGAUAAAACGACUGCUACACAUAUUUAGAUCUCGUAAGCUUAGAAAGCUUGUGAGAUUAGAAAUUCACUGUCGUCGAAAUUUAGAUUAGUAUUUUGUUUUUAAGAUGCGAACUUCUGCCAAUAUCAGAUUAACCCUCGUGCAUCGUUGUUAAAAAAUUUGACAAAAGUGAUAUUAAAUACACUGAAAUAUUUUAAAUAAUUAUUUAACGGUGCAGAAGGGUUGAGUGCACAGGAGUGUCCUGUUUAUCGAGCUUCUCCGACUGCCUUAAUUUCGUUCCCGUGCGUUCUCGUUCGAACUAAUCGAUCCUAGUUUAAGGAAUCAGCCACUGAGGAAUAAUAAUUCUAUUACAAAAUUU